ACUGCGCAUGGGCGUGGCUGUUUUCUGACUUCCCGGGUAAAGAUGGCAGAACGCGGUUACAGCUUUUCGCUGACUACCUUCAGCCCAUCUGGGAAACUUGUCCAGAUUGAAUAUGCUUUGGCAGCUGUAGCUGGAGGGGCCCCUUCAGUAGGAAUUAAAGCUGCAAAUGGUGUAGUAUUAGCAACUGAGAAAAAACAGAAAUCCAUCUUGUAUGAUGAAAGGAGUGUACACAAAGUGGAACCGAUUACCAAGCAUAUCGGCUUGGUGUACAGUGGCAUGGGUCCAGAUUACAGAGUGCUUGUGCACAGAGCUCGGAAACUUGCUCAGCAAUACUAUCUUGUCUACCAAGAACCCAUUCCCACAGCCCAGCUGGUACAGAGAGUAGCCUCUGUGAUGCAAGAGUAUACCCAGUCAGGUGGUGUUCGUCCAUUUGGUGUUUCUUUACUUAUUUGUGGGUGGAAUGAGGGACGACCAUAUUUAUUUCAGUCAGAUCCAUCUGGAGCCUACUUUGCCUGGAAGGCCACAGCAAUGGGGAAGAACUAUGUGAACGGGAAAACCUUCCUUGAGAAGAGAUAUAAUGAAGACCUAGAACUGGAAGAUGCCAUUCACACAGCCAUCUUAACUCUAAAGGAAAGCUUUGAAGGGCAGAUGACGGAAGACAACAUAGAAGUUGGGGUCUGCAAUGAAGCUGGCUUUAGGAGGCUCACCCCCACUGAAGUGAAGGAUUACCUGGCUGCCAUAGCAUAAUAGAGAUGUGCCUGACCAAUCCAGAUCUCACAGUCUGUCUAUCUACUCACACAUGUUUAAAGUACGUUUUGUUUGUGCAGACUUAUUUCUACAUGGUUUAAUGGAUUCACAUUUUUAAAAUAAUAAUCAUAAUAAACUGUUAAAACCAAUUUCUAGCUUUUAAGAGUAAAGUUUGAACAUACUUCUUUCUUACUUUAUCAUAGUUAAUUUUGGAAAUUACAUUGCAAAGUAGAAGGAUAAAAAUCACUCUAAUUUUCAUAUAUUUUUGUUAUUAGAUUUCACUGCCCUCUUUACUACCAAAUAUGCCUAUGUUUCCAUAAAAGACAGCUCUGGGUUUUAAUAUACAUCAUGGCUUUUAGAACUGAGAGAAUCUGUAUACUUUGAUAAAUUCAUGAGACAGGCUGAAUUGUGAUAUGCACUUUUGGGGUAUGGAUCAGUGAUGUCCUGGAGUAUUCUACAGUUGUACUACCGAAGCAUUGGUCUCCUCUCGGAGAUAUGUGAGUGAAUAAAUCAUGGUGUGGUAGA